AAAGGGCGGAGGAAAAGGGGAGGCUGCUGCCGAUUACUGGGUUGUAAACUGACGAACCAUUGUGUCCAUCGGCAGCUUGGCAAAUCAUCGACAUUAUUUAUAUCCCAAAACUCGGAUAGAAACUUGGAAACGGCUUGGAACAGGCUGGACGUAACGCAGCGUAAGCCUCCUUCUCUUCCCUUCCUGCUCUGUUCUGUCUAUUCCUGUUACAGGGAAAGUGGGAGCGGAUUUUGCGGCUGGGUUGGAGGGCACCUGGGGUUCGCCAGGGCCAUGACUUUAGGGUGAAGGGGCGCCGUGCGCGGGACACAGUCAGAUUUUAGGGUGAGGUGGGGGUGUAGGGCGGAGGGCAGAGGUUGUAGCCGUGGAGAUGAAGCUCAAACAGCGCAUGGUGGUGCUGUGUGCUGUGCUGCUCCUCCUGGGCCUGGCCAAGAUCUUUCUGCUGGACGGAGGCGAGGGGUCUGCAGCCAGCCGCCGGGACCUCCGGGCGUUUCGCAAGAUGGAGGCCGGUUUGUCUCUGUCCCGUGGUGCUCGUCUCACACAUACCUUGCAGUCGCCAUGGGAGAUUGCCAGUCAGUGGGUUGGUCCCAGGGAGGUGUACCCAGAAGAGACUCCUGAAUUAGCAGCAAUCCUCACAGCGCUCAGCACAGCCCGAAUCGAACGUGCCGAUGUGGGCUAUAAGGGGACGCAGCUCAAAGCUCUACUGGUCCUGGAUGGGGGGCAGAAAGUAGUCUUCAAACCCAAGAGGUACAAUAGAGACUACGUAGUGGACGGUGAGCCUUAUGCUGGGUAUGACAGACACAAUGCAGAGGUGGCGGCUUUUCACCUGGACAGGAUCCUUGGGUUCAGAAGAGCUCCUUUGGUCGUGGGACGCUACGUGAACCUGCGAACAGAGAUCAAACCAGUUGCCACCGACCAACUGCUGAGCACCUUCCUCACGCAAGGUAAUAACAGUUGUUUUUAUGGAAAGUGUUACUACUGUCGGGAGAGUGAGCCAGCCUGUGCUGAGGGGGAGAUCAUGGAGGGUUCAUUAACCCUUUGGCUGCCGGACGUGUGGCCUCUACAAAAGCACAGACACCCCUGGGGCAGGACCUACCGGGAGGGAAAACUGGCCAGGUGGGAGUAUGACGAGAGCUACUGUGAUGCAGUGAAGAAAAUGCCUCCAUACGACGCUGGCCCUAGACUCCUGGAUGUGAUUGACACGGCCAUAUUUGAUUAUCUCAUCGGAAACGCCGACCGCCAUCACUACGAGAGUUUCCAGGAUGAUGGAGGAGCCAGCAUGCUUAUCCUACUUGACAAUGCCAAGAGUUUUGGGAACGCGGCUCUUGACGAGAGGAGCAUUCUGGCACCCCUUUAUCAGUGCUGCAUGGUUCGAGUCUCCACAUGGAACAGAUUAAACUUGUUGAGGAAUGGGGUUUUGAGUUCAGCGAUGAGACAGGCUCUGGCCUUUGACCCCAUUCACCCGGUUUUGGCUGAGACGCACUUAGCAGCUCUGGACCGGCGGCUUUCUGGAAUCAUAGCCACCGUCAAACAGUGUAUGGAAGCAUCAGGCCCAGACAAUACACUAAUAGAAGACCGAAUGAACCUCCCUCAUCCAUAAUCACAAUGGGACAAAGUGCCUGGAUGAGAUACAAGACAAGAACUGAUAAAACUAUUUAUAAAACUCUAUAAAAUGAUUGACAAGGUGAAUUAUGAACCACAAACUUCACCUGCUUUUUACAACUCACUGGAGAUGGCAUUUUCAGUGUUUGAAAAUCAAAGACUUUUUCUCAACAGUGCACUACCGAUAAGAUCUGCUGUAUCUUUGACAACUACUGGACAAAACUAUAGAAAGACAUUAAAUUACAUUAUGAGCCAUCACACAAUUAAAGGAAAGACUAUUUUGUUUUAUUGUAUUUAAAGCUGCCGAGUUCUGAAACUUGGAAAUGACAAUUGGUGAUUUCAAUUAGAUUUUUUUAAAUGUAAAUUUUGCUUUACAUCCAAAAUCCAAGAUUUGUAAGUGGUUUAAUUUAAAAAGAAAGUGUAUUACUAUAGUGCACACAAUUGGCUUAAUAUUUUAACAGAAUAUUUAGUGUAUUAAUAGCAAAAGAUGAAGUUUAAAUCUGUCAACUGGACAAAUUUAAACUUCAUCUUUUACUAUAGAUCAAACAUGGACGACUGAGGAAUUACACAGAUAGUGUAUAAAUACUUUUUAAAAUAGUGUUUAAUAUAAAAAAAUUACUUUUUGGCUUUCUUUAACUGAAAAUAUAAAAUAUUGCAGUUACAUUUUAUAAAAUAUUGAGACAUUUCCUUAUCUGCUAUAUAAUAUAUAUUUCACUUUGAAUUAAACUACUGAAUAAACAGUUUUGCCCACUAUUCUAGCCCUUUGAUGUAAUCCAAAGGCUAUCGGACGCCGCCAGGUUGUAUAUAUGUAUCUGGGUUGGUGGAUAUAAAAAGUGUGAGUGUAUUUGAAUGGCCGUGUGUGUGGGAGGGAAGGAGCCAUAUGUGCCGAAUAUUAGAAAGCUACUGACAUUACAGUUAUGACUUUGCCGGAAAUGAGUAAGUCAUGUCCCUAGGUACAAUGUUCCACAUUAAAAUACAGUUCGUUUACAU